CGCACAAGGUUUAAGGCCUUUGUUGCCAUUGGCGACUACAACGGCCACGUUGGUCUGGGAGUGAAGUGCUCCAAGGAGGUAGCCACGGCUAUCCGUGGAGCCAUCAUCCUGGCCAAGCUGUCGAUCGUUCCAGUCAGGAGAGGCUACUGGGGCAACAAGAUCGGCAAACCCCACACUGUCCCCUGCAAGGUGACGGGCCGCUGCGGGUCCGUGCUGGUGCGCCUCAUCCCGGCUCCCCGCGGUACCGGGAUCGUGUCCGCCCCCGUGCCCAAAAAGCUGCUCAUGAUGGCCGGUAUCGACGACUGCUACACCUCCGCCAGGGGCUGCACCGCCACCCUGGGCAACUUCGCUAAGGCCACCUUUGAUGCCAUCUCAAAGACCUACAGCUACCUGACCCCAGAUCUGUGGAAGGAAACCGUUUUCACAAAGUCUCCAUACCAGGAGUUCACAGACCAUCUGGCUAAGACUCACACCAGGGUGUCUGUGCAGAGGGGCCAGCCCGUGCCACCUCCAACCUCCUAAAUGUUUUGUACAAAAGAUCGUUUAAUAAACGUUCAGACGUACCAUG